AUGACAACAAUUGAUAUAUUAUUUAAAAAAGUUUUCAAAAAUAAAAUUUUAUUUAAUUUAAUUUAUGGAUAUGUUCAUUGUAAAGAAAGUGUAUUAGAUUGGACAAUUAAAAGUUUAUUAGAAAGAAAAGAAUUUAAAAAAUUUGAAGAAAUUAUUAAUUGUAAUUUACAUUCAAAAAUAACUCAAGAUAAUUGGUAUUUUGAAUUGAAACCAAAAGAAAGUGACAUAAUACCUUUACUAAAUUAUAGAGGAUUAAAAUCAUCAACUCUAAUACUAUUUUAUUGUAAAUUUAAACACCUUUUUUUUAAAAACAAAUUAAAGAAUAAAAUCAUCAGUGAAUCAUUAAAAGGUGGAAAUUUAGAAAUUGUCAUGUUUUUACUUGAACAAGGAUUUCAAUACAAGUUCAGUAAAUUUAAUGACCAUGCUGCUAAAUUCCAUAGCGGAUUAUUUGAACAGGUUUUAGAUUGUGGUAAUAGUUUAGAUUGUUAUAAUUUCAUUUUGUCAAUUCUUCCAAAUUUGAUAACACCAACACUUUACAACCAAGAUAGAACAGUUUCAUGGCUAAUAAAAUAUUUCUCUGGAAAAAGGUAUUAUAAUAUUUAUCCAAUAAUAAUACCAUUAAUAAAUACUGCAAUUGGUCUUGCAUAUGCAAUUAAAAUUAGUUUUCAAAAUUUAGAUCUCAAAUUAUCAAAUCAAAUCAUUAUUCAAAAUAAUAAAUUAAAUUUAAUAACAAAAUCAUCAAUUAUUAUAAUGAUUGCAAAAGAUUCAAAUUUUAUAAUGAAUAAUAAAUAUUUUAAAAUAUUUUCAAACUAUAUAUCAAACACCACCACUAAUACCACUAAUACCACCACUGAUAAUCACUAUAAUAUAAAUUUAUUUGAAAGAGUUAAAAAAAGUUCAUUUUUUAAAGAUAAAGUAGUUUAUAGUUUAAAAUUAUGGCAAGUUAAUGAAGACUUAUUAGGAUUGAUUUGUGGUUGUUAUGUACCAAAUUCACUUGAGGAAUUUAAAUUUAUGUUAAAGAAUGUUUCAAAAUUUAAAACUUGUUUCAGUUCGAGGUAUAAUCUAAUUUUAUUAGCUCGACAUAUAUCAAGUGACUUAUUGGAUUUAGAAUAUUCAAAAUACUUUAUCAAUGAAUAUUUUCAUAAUGGUUUUACUAUCGAUAAUAGUGAAAAUACAAAUCAAGAUUAUUCAAUUUGUGUUCGAAUUUUUUGUGAUAGUACACCUGAAAUUUCAUGUUAUUUUUUAAAAGAGAAAAUAUCAAAAAGAAUGAUACCAUUAAUUUCAUCUAGUGAUUUAUUUUUAAGAGGAUCUAGUAGUUCAAAUUUUGGUAAUUUAAAAAUUUUAAAAUAUGCUGAAAAGAAUUAUUCAGUAAAGCCAACUAUAGAUACUUUACAUUCCGCUGUAUUAAAUGGUUAUACGGAAAUAAUUAAAUAUCUUUGUGAAACGUUACCACCGAUCUCGUCAUUUCCACCACCAUUAAGAGUACCUCAAUUACAACAAGUAUUAAUGAUGUUAAUGACAUGUGAAAAAAACAAUGAUUUUCAAUCAUUUACCACUAUUAUACAAUCUAAAUCUAUAACGUUUUUUAGAUUUGUAGAAUCUAAAUCUGUUUUAGAAUAUAAGUUACUUGAAAAUAAAGUAAAUUUUAAAUCUAAAUUUUUAAAUCACCUUUUUAAAGAGAAAUUAAUAGAUAGUAAAGCUAUAUUUAAAAGGUAUUGUAAAAUUGAUUUAAAUUUAUUUUUAUUAUUUAAAUAUAAUCAAGAUUGGAUUAAUCAAGAAUACUUUUUUCAAUUAAUUCAAGAUUCAAAUAUUCAAAUUUUUAAUAAUAUUAUACUUGAUGAAUUGUUUUUAUCAACUUUUUUAAUAACUGAUAAAUUAAAAGAUAAAUUUAUAAUUACAUUAAUUUCAAAUUGUCCAAGAAGAUUAUUAUAUUUUAUUUUAAAUUCAAAUUAUUUAUUAGAAAUUGGUUUUAAUAGAAUUUUUAAAUAUUUAAUUUUAUUUUCAAAUUCACCAUCAAUCACUAUAAAUCAAUUAUUAUCAAUUACCACCAUCACCACCGCCAAUAAUAAUAAUUUUUAUAAUAGUUUACUACUUAAUUUAAUAUUAUUUUAUGAUAAAAAUUUAAAUUUAAUUAAAGAAAUUAAAUUUUCAAAUCAAUCUAAUAAUAAUAACAAUAAUAAUAAUAAUAAUUAUUAUUUUAAAAAUUUUAAAGAUUUUCUAAAUCAAACAUUAUCUGAAAAGAGUCAAAAAAAAUUUAAAGAUAAUUAUUUUAAAAUUUUAAAUUCUUCAAAUAUUUUAAAUCAAAUUGGUUUUAAUUAUUAA